AGAGGAUGCUAUCUCAAUAAAGGUGAAGGAGGAAGACGUUUUUGGAGUGAAAGAGGAAGAGACAGAAUAUCAGAUUAACACCAGAGAGAGACAUGACUAUGGUGGAUCCUCUGGGGAGCUUCAACAACAUCCUGAUGCUGACGAGGAAGAGAAGAGUCUCUCCAGAUCAGAACACAAGAUGGACAACACUAGCCCUUCCUCCCUCCUGGAGUCCCUGUAUCGUGCCUCUCCCGGUAGCACCUUACUGCUGGGUAUGAAGAAGUUGUCUGUGCUGCUGGUGGACUGCAGGAAAACAACGGGGCUGAGUGGAACUGUGAGAGGAGGAGAAGAGAAGAAAGGAUCAGAUUUGACACCACAAAGAGAAAGGCCCGACUCGGAAGAACCAAAGCCAGGGACGUCCAAACUAGCAAGACGACACCAGUUCUCCCACUGUAGAAAGGGUUGUAACCGGUUAUGGGACCUGAAACAACAUGAGAGAAUACACACAGGAGAGAAGCCUUACCACUGUUCCCAGUGUGGAAAGUGUUUCAACCAGAGAGUAACCCUGAAACAACAUGAGAGAAUACACACAGGAGAGAAGCCCUACCACUGCUCCCAAUGUGGAAAGUGUUUCAACCAGAGAGUAAACCUGAAACAACAUGAGAGAAUACACACAGAAGAGAAGCCUUACCACUGCUCCCAGUGUGGAAAAAGUGUCAACCGGAAAGAGAACCUGAAAGCUCACGAGAGAAUACACACAGGGCAGAAGCCUUACCACUCCUCCCAGGGUGCAAAGCUUUUGCCCAUUUAGGAAGCCUGAAAGAACACAUUAGACUGCACACAGAGGAGAAGGCUUAGAAAAGCUCAGACUGUGGGAAAACAUAUUACUCAUAACAGUCAUUUAAACGUCAUUAGAGAAUCCACACAGGAGAGAGAAAUUACUUCUCUUAGCGUGUAUAUUGAUAUACAUCACAUUGACUUAAAAUUCAUCAGAGAACAUACACAGUGCUCCCGUUGUCUUAUAUUGUUGACUGACAAUGUGUUUACCUGUCUUUACCAGAUGAAAUUAAAUGGUACAGGGUAUACUCAAACAUAUAUUUGUUUGUUUUUAUUAGAAAACAUGAAUUGAAUAUGGAGUAUGUCAGUUUUAAUAUAAAGGAGAUCAGGUUCCUUGUUUUAAAUUGUCCUUUUUUUAAACUCUUUGUGUGUUUAUCUGGGUGUGUCAUUCCUCCAGCACUACAGAUAAUCAAGUGAUAUUUGGAUGUGAUGCAUUUGUGCCAUUGUUGACAUCUACAUUGUAGCCCACUGAUGAUUUAAUGAAAUUAAAAUGUUCAGACUCUGUAAUGGAACAUGUUAAUUGUUUGUGUGUCCACAUAACUGAGUAUGUGACUAACCUUGUGAAACUGUCCUAUUAUAAGCUCCUGUUCUUGGGACUAUCAUUCUGUGUUGCAAACCAGCUGCACCUGCAUCCUUGUAUGAAUAAAGUCCCUCCCAGGAACAGGAAACUAUAAAGAUAUGUGCUAAUCACUCAAUGCUUCAGGAAUUCAGACUGUCUACACUGCGCUGUGUAACUCUGUUAUUCUCUCUGAGCUCAGAAAUAAAGAAUCUUGGUUUGA